UAAACCAAGCGUACCUAUAUAACAUACAUUGAUCCGAGUCUAUCAGAUUAGGCAUAGCUAUGCCCGAAGCUGCUACAAUAGACCAGCGCUCUGUGUUUCUAUAUAUCGACUGUUUGGUGUACGAGUCUCCCAUAACAAACCCGGGUAUCACGCGGACCGGCUGGUGUUAGACGGCACCAGUUCGUUUUGACUUGGUGUUGAUACUGUGAUAUUCAACCUAUCUGUAUAUGUUGUGGAAGCGGUGUAAUUUCGAGAUAGCCUGAGUAUCAUAUUAUUUCGGUGAUAACAUAUCUAGUGUCUUGGGCUAUGAUUGACAUAUAUUAUUGGACAUUUUGUACACGACAUGAUACCACAUGGCAUUAAACAAUUUUGUGUUCAGGAGUAUGGACCUUAACAUUUGAAUACAUCUAUUCAUACCGUGUUAUAGUUUUCAGCAUGUUGGACCAAACUCAGCGUUGGGCUACUUUGACAAAUUUCGGAAAUAUUCCAAGUAUGAAGGAGGCUUUAAUGAGCAAACAGCAGUCGGAUCAUAGAAUACUGAACAUGAAGCUAAAGCAGAGAGCUUUAACUGGAAAACCACAAAAUAAGAGAUUUUCAUCGUCGGUGUCUACCUUACAGGGUCGGGAACCACGCCGGUAUCCAAUGGAGUACUCUCGAGAAGACUCUACGAGAGCUGGAAAGCAACAUCAAACACUUCGUAAACAGUUGGAACAACGAGUAUACAACGCUAGGGUAGACAGCGGCAGUCUCAGGCAUUACAGCCUUGGCCUGUUUGACAGUGUCGUUCAGAAUCUCAACAAAAAUGACUCCAAUAUCAAGCCAAAACAGCUGCCAACAAAGCAGCCCUAUACAUAUAACGUGUCUGAAAAAGAAAAGGAGAGAAAAGUCAUUCGGCCACAAACAGCAGCUCACAAUGGACCCUCACAAGAUGGGAGCCUUUUGUAUAACAAACGAGGGAAAGUAUUGAACUCCAUAAGACUAAGACCACAGUCCGAACCUGUCGGUAGGUACAAUCAUGAAAAGGGAAAGAUUGUACCACCAGAAAUACAGAAGACGCUGUGUCAGAGCAACAACGAAUUCCGUGUACUGACCUCACCUAUGUCCAUCCAUCCUCCGUCCCCGAGGUCAAGGUCAUCCUCAAUUAGUGAUUUUAAACUCGUACCAUUGAAUGGAACUGGAAGUAUUUCUGAAAUGUCAUCGGUCCAUGACUUUAACACUGAUGGGGCUGUUCGUGUUGACCUGAACAGUGAGAAUGGGUUUGUCGAGGUAGAUGAACUAGAGACGUCUCGUACCUCAUCACAAAUAUCCAAUGACCUUGCGUUUAGAACAAGGAAUAUGCCCUCAGGUACUGUCCAUUUUUACUCAUUAGAGUACGAGAGUUCUGUAGAGGAAUCUAUCCCAGAGGCAUCGCCAUCGGCUGAGGUCAAGCCCCCUCCUCCACCACCGGAGGAACCAAAGACCAAAGCGAAGAAGGGAAAGCAGCGGUUAAAAUUUCUUGCUAAGGCCAUGUCUAGCGCCAAAAAGAAGAAGGAAGCAGAGCCCCCUCCUCCUCCUCCGCCGGAACCGGUAGUGAUAAAGGUACCGGAAGUAAAAAAACCGUUGAGAGGACCAAAGUGUUGGGUAGAUGACGCAACUGUGACGAGUGAAUUUGACGAAAAGACUGAUAAUGGGCAGAUGACAGCAGACGACAACUGUCCAGUCUCUGUGGUCAAAUCCAUCACAACUCUGGACAACCGUUUAACGGACACAGUAGAUCCGGUAAAUAAUGUCGAACUGCAGCAGUGUCAAGAAGAAAAUCCUGUACCAAUAGACUCUGAUGUAGAGGGCGCUGAGGAUGGCCCCUCUUACCUACCGAAAUUUCUCUGCCCAAGUUCCAUUCAGAAAUCUAAGCACGCCGCCGUCAAAGAAUGGUUAAAUACCACGAAUUUCAACCACGCCGAGCGAUAUGUUCCUUUGUUAUGAAGGGAAAUCGCGAUCGUAUCUAGGAAAACGUAUGAAACAUUCACAGGUUCUGUUGAAUUUUAUCUACGUACUCAAAGGUUAAUUAUCUUAUGAUUCAAGCGUAAUAAAAUGUAAUGUAUCACGAACUGCGUGACCAAGGACGGAGAGGUCACCAUACACAAAGGUGAUGUGUCAUCGAAUGAUGUACUCCAUGAUAUAUAACAACGUGAUGUACUCCAUGGUAUGUUACAACGUAAUGAACUCCAUGAUAUAUAACAUGAUGUACUCCAUGAUAUGUUACAACGUAAUGUACUCCAUGAUACGUUACAACGUAUUGUACUCCAUGAUACAUAACAUGAUGUACUCCAUGAUAUAUAACAACGUGAUGUACUCCAUGAUAUGUAACAACGUGAUGUACUCCAUAAUAUAUAACAACGUGAUGUACUCCAUGAUAUGUGACAACAUGAUGUACUCCAUGAUAUAUAACAUGAUGUACUCCAUGAUACAUAACAUGAUGUACUCCAUGAUAUAUAACGUGAUGUACUCCAUGAUAUAUAACAACGUGAUGUACUCCAUGAUAUAUAACAACGUGAUGUACUCCGUGAUAUAUAACAACGUGAUGUACUCCAUGAUAUAUAACAACGUGAUGUACUCCAUGAUAUAUAACAACGUGAUGUACUCCAUGAUAUAUAACAUGAUGUACUCCAUUAUCUAUAACAACGUGAUGUACUCCAUAAUAUAUAACAACGUGAUGUACUCCAUAAUAUAUAACAACGUGAUGUACUCCGUGAUAUAUGAAAACAUGAUGUACUCCGUGAUAUAUUACAUCAUGAUGUACUCCGUGAUAAAUAAAAACAUAAUGUAUUCCAUGAUAUGUUUUAACAUGAUGUACUCCGUGAUAUAUAAAAACAUGAUGUACUCCGUGAUAUAUAAAAACAUGAUGUACUCCAUGAUAUGUUUUAACAUGAUGUACUCUAUGAUACAUAACAUGAUGUACUCCAUGAUAUAUAACAACGUGAUGUACUCCAUGAUACAUAACAUGAUGUACCCCGUGAUAUAUAAAAACAUGAUGUACUCCAUGAUAUGUUUUAACAUGAUGUACUCUAUGAUACAAAACAUGAUGUACUCCGUGAUAUAUAACAACGUGAUGUACUCCAUGAUAAGUUUUAACAUGAUGUACUCUAUGAUACAUAACAUGAUGUACUCCAUGAUAUGUAACAUGAUACACUCCGUGAUAUGUUACAACAUGAUGUUGUCCAGUGGGCGUUUGUUUAUUCUAACUCGAUGAAUAUUUCUGAUGGUGCUUGGCGCCAUUAAUGACAACAUCUGUUGAAUAUAUACAUGUUGGGAUAGUUUUGCUUGCGAAUAAAUACUCUUUAGUUACAAAUAUAUAUUUUUUCACAUAGUGAUACCAGAACAAAACAUGUCUCCCAUACAUAUUGGUAUUACACUACGAUUGAGGUUUGACUGUAUCAACAGAAUGUGUAUAGCAUACCAAAUGACAGAGUUAAUUUAUAAACGGUAACUUAUUUGAAGUUAUAUGAAUGCUACGAAGUGAAACAUAGCAACAAAACAGACACUGGCCAUCUGAAUAAUUAUCAAAUGUGUCCGUACAUAUUCUAUCUAAUACAACGACAAUAACAAUAACAAUACUCUGAACACCAGGACCCUAGCAAUAUCUUCUUUCUGUAUCCAUAUCGAUGUAUGCAUUAUAGAAUGUGUGUUCAGUGUUGUAAAACAAUACACCAUGUGUUUUCAAUAA